ACAUGUAUUGCAAUUGGAAACAUAUGUAAUUAUUUCUAAUCAAGUAUUUGUUAGCAAUUUGGUAAAUAUUCAAGAUGAUGAUAGUAAUAAUAAUAAUAAUGAUGAUUAUGUUGAAAAUUAUAUUGGGGAUACAGAUUAUAAUGUUAAUAUAUUAGUGGAUGAUAUUUUAAAUAAUGAAAUUGAUUAA